AUGAAACGGUGUAAUAUGUCAAUAGAUUUGUAUUACACAGCGGGCUCCGCGCCCUGUCGUCUGGUUCUCCUUGUGGCAGCCGCUCUCGACAUCCAGUUCAACUUGAAACCUUUGAAUUUAAGAGAGGGUGACCAGUUAAAACCUGAUUUCUUAAAGUUAAAUCCUCAACACACCGUCCCUACCAUAAACGAUGAUGGUUUUGUUCUCGACUUAAAACAAAGAGCUAUUGUGGAUCAACGACUUGACUUCGACUUGGGCACACUCUAUCCAAGAUUUGCUAAAUAUUUCUACCCACAAGUUUUUGCCGACGCGCCACAAGAUCCUGCUGCAUUUAAGCUUUUAGAAGAUGCUCUGGGAUUCUUCGACGCGUUCCUCGAAGGUCACAAGUACUCCGCUGGUGACCAACUGACAUUGGCUGAUUUGAGUCUUGUCGCCACAGUGUCUACUAUAGAACUUACUGAAGUCAAAUUAGAAAAUUAUCCUAACAUUGUGAAGUGGUACGAGCUGGUUAAAUCUACCGCUCCAGGUUACAAAGAGGCCAAUGAAAAGGGUAUCGACGAAUUUAAACAAUUCUUAGCUCAGAAGAAAGCGAAAUCUGAAUUGUGA